GAAUAGCAACAGGAAGAGUAAACGGAACGUAAAAGGUAAAAAACGAUGGAUCGUGCCAAGAAACGUUUAGCAUCAGCAUUAGAUGGUUUUAGGAACCAGCACAAAUCGGAAAUGGAAUUGGAAGAGAAGAUAACUGCGGAAGAUGUUUGCUUGACAGGAAUCGUAAGACAUGGAUUUCCAGACGACCCGCGAUGUAUGGCUUAUGAUACCGUGCAACGAUUGCUAGCAAUAGGCACGGGACAUGGAGUAAUCAGAGUCAUCGGAGAUGUUGGAGUGGAUUAUUGCUUAAAGCAUGAAUCAGACGCUGCUGUACUUCAUAUACAAUUCUUGAUGAAUGAAGGAGCAUUAGUUACUGCAUGCCGUGAUGAUCUGAUACAUUUAUGGAACCUUCGGCAAAAGGUACCAGGGGUGUUACAUAGCAUGCAGUUAACGAAAGAGCAAGUUACUUGUAUCAGUCACUCUUUCCAAAGUAAAUGGUUGUAUUUGGGGACCGAACGUGGCAAUGUAUAUAUUAUUAAUAUAGCGACAUUUACGUUAUCUAAUUAUGUUAUCAACUGGAACAAGGCCAUUGAUUUGGGUGUUCGAACUCAUCCUGGUAGUGUAAAAGCUAUUUCUACCUGCCCCACCGAUCUUUCUAAAUUACUGCUUCUAUACGAAAAAGGGAGUAUUGUAUUGUGGAAUCUUCAAACAAGAGAAGCAGACAGGUUUAUAUCUGAUUAUCCAGCUCGUUGCUUUGCAUGGCAUCAUGAUGGUCGGCAAUUUAUGUGUGGUACUGCAGAUGGAUCUUUGUUGGUUUGGAAUAUCCGAAAGCCAGGAGAAUAUGCACAAAAAUUGCAACCUCAUGGUCAAAAGUGUAAUCCUAUUAAUCAGGUUGAUUGGAAACAUUCAGCAGAUGGAGAACAGUUAAUUAUUUUUAGUGGCGGCAUGUCGCAGGAAGAUAAUGUACUACCCUCUUUGACCAUAAUGAGAGCAUCAAAAUCGAUUGCAGUUCUGGAAUUUGAUCAUCCUUUAAUAACCUUCGCAGCUCUCAAUGCUUCACCUUACAGCAGUGUAUCACAGCAACCUUUUGGUGUUGUAGUAUUGAUGAAACAUGAUUUACGUGUUAUCGAUCUUACCAUUCCAGGCUAUCCAUGCCAUGAAAAUGUCAGUCCUAUGGAUAUUCAUGAAUCACGGGUGCGAUGCAUAUGUUAUUUUUCAAACUGUCCUCUUGAUUUACUUGGUGCACUGGCAAUUGUUGGUUCGAAACAACGGCGUCAAGGAUUCAGUGAUAAGCCAUGGCCGAUUGCGGGUGGUAGUGGACGGGAUUGUGCAAUGGGUCAUCAAGAAUUAUUACUUACAGGCCAUGAAGAUGGGUCUAUAAAAUUUUGGCAGGCAUCGGGUGAACAUCUACAAAUUUUGUACAAAUUAAAAAGUGGGCGACAUUUCGAACGAAAUGAAGGAUUAGAAUCUCAUGAACCAUCGCAUGCCGUUGCGAUGAUUGAAUUAUGUUUGGAUUCACGACUGCUGCUAGUUGCUGGCGAAAGUGGACAGUUAACGCUGUUUCGUUUUGUAAAAACCGAAAACGCUCAUGAAAUUACUGUAAUUAAUAUUCCGGCUGCAUUUUCUUUCUUACCGGGUAGUGUGGAAUUGACUAAAACAUCUCCAAAGCGAGAAUUGAAGAGGCAGGGAACGGCAAUCUCAGUGGAAUCAAAUAGUACGGAUACCAGUGAGGGUAGCACACAUGAUGGUUACUUUCCAUUAAAAGUGCGAGGCGGAGUGCUCAGAAGACUUGCAGGAUAUCAGCCAGACUUAGUAUGCAUGGUUCCAUGGAGAAAUGUGUCACAGCCGGAGGCAAUUACAGCGAUGGCUCUUAAUUCAGCAUACGGCAUUAUUGCUCUCGGUACAUCAGGAAGUUUAACUCUGAUUGAUUUGGUACAGUAUGUCAUAAUCUGUUCAUGGUCAAUCGCUGAUCUAUACACUCAGCAGCAUUCAACACCGAUACUGCUUAGUCAAAACAGCAACUCGAGUCAACAUGAUUAUGGUAUGGAUACGAGGCGUAAUAUGGAUUCACCACCAGGUCUCGUCAGUAGCAAAUCGAUAUUACGCGGUAGUACGGAAAAUUCACGUCUACGUUCGGAUAAGCGACCGCAGUUGUUAAAGUCGCAGUCUAUUAUUGAUUCAGGCUGUGAAAUUAAUGAUACAUCAGCAGCAAAGAGAAGUUCAGUAGAUGAAAGUCCAUCAAGCACCAACAGGAUGUCCUUUUCGGAGAGUGUGACAUCGUUAACAUUUAUCCAGUCAUUUGUCCAAAAAAAAGAUCCUCGAGCACAUUUGUGUCUUUGGGUUGGUACUUCUGCGAGCACAUGUAUCAUCUAUCAUUUACUGCUUCCGGCGGAUCGUUUAAACUCAACAGUUUCCGUAACUCCUAGCGGUUCAGUAGUACAGACACGAGGGCGUAUGCUAUGCACGACGUUGAUGGAUCGAAACUUUUGUUUGUUAGAGGGUGCAGCAGAAAGUUACCAUGAAAAGGUGAUUGUCGCGAAAUCCAAAGGAAUUGAUCGGAGUCAUUCAGAAGAAGGUAAUUAUCCAAAUAAAGUUCUUACAAAACUAAGUCUUUCACCAACUUGUUCAAACGCUACAGAAUACUCUCGAGAGGAUGACUUUCUGCAGUUUGCUGUUUUGGUUUCUGAGGAUGAAGUACACACCGUUGCAUUACCAAAUUUCAGUUCUUUGUUUUUAUACCGUCCGGAAUUCCCAUUCGUUAAGGCACGAGCAACACACGUUCAUGGCUAUCCCGUGCUGAUGUUAUUAAAUGGUGCGGGACAAAUUGUUAUACUAAGCCUUCCGAGUUUAAGGCCUCUUCUUUGCUCAAGUCUCUUCCGACAUUCCGUUGAUUAUGAUGACCCUAUGUGCUUCAAGACAUCCUUUGCGGAACAUGGACUGGGUAUGUAUACGAUAACACCAUCGGAGAUCCAGAAAUUCACGGUUUGCUCCGAAUUGGCAAAUCAAGUUGAGGAAUCAGCUGGCGAGUUAUUUGUGCCUGUUGAUAUGCCUGAACCGCCGAAAAGCUCAUUCCUGAGAGGGAUGUCAACCUUAUUUGCCAGUCAAAAAGAUAGCUUCGAUUUGGAUACUAUAUUUCUUGACAAAAAUUCCAAUUCGGUGCCAGGCAGCAGUAUGCGUUCUAUUGCAAAAACGAUACCUGGUCCGUCAAGUAUGGAGCAAACUGUAGCAGGAGGAGUAUCAGCAGGUCAAGCUGCAAAUAUGGCUUUACAGGCCUUGCAUGAACGUGCAGAAAAGCUGAAUGUAACCGUAGAUGCAACAGAACGACUUAAAGAAAAUGCCAUGACCCUUUCGCAACGAACGGGAAAGCUGGUGGAAAAGUACGAGAAGAAAAAGUGGUACAAUUUCUAGAUGCUUAGGGCUAGAGCUGCUCGAAAUUCAGUGUUGGUCUUUGUUCGAAACUAGUCAUUUUAUGUUAUUUCAUCCGACAUAAUUUCUUUGUUGUGAAAUAUUUCUUUUCAUGCAUUUCUGUAUUAAUUUGACACCUUUCCGUUUUCAGUCGCAGGGCCCUUUUUUGC